ACUAACACACUAUCAUCAUUUCAUUAUAAAUAGAGGUUGAUCUUAAGCUUAUUUCUUCACACAAAAUAAAAUAGUGAUAAUCAUCAUGGCUAAGUUUGCUUCCAUCAUCACCCUUAUCUUUGCAGCACUUUUUCUCUUUGCUGCUUUUGAGACACCGUCAAUGGUGGAAGCACAGAGGUUGUGCGAUAGGCCUAGUAAGACAUGGUCAGGGGUUUGUGGAAACAAUAGUGCUUGCAAGAAUCAGUGCAUUAACCUUGAGGGAGCACAACAUGGAUCUUGCAACUAUGCCAACCCAACUCACAAGUGUAUUUGUUUCUUCUCAUGUUAGGCUUUGAAUAGGAAGACAGAAAAAUAACAUAUCACUCUUUAAUGUAGUCCUCCUAUCACUAAGUUACCAUUCAAGAAUUUUUUUUACUUUUAAAAGUUAAUGCAGAUGAACUGUAUGCAGUUCAUAUUUUUUUUGUCCUUUUGUGGUAAAUGCAGGAGAAAUACAUGCAGAUUUGGUCUACAGCUUUUUUGAUGAUGUUCACCUUUGAUCUGCAUUUAAAACAACCAAAUAUUUGAUCUAUUUUUAUUUUGCUUGAUCUGCUUGAACCACUUGUUCUAUUCUGCCUGACAUGUUUUCUCCAUUUAAGGCCUUAAUCUCCCCCAAAUCUUUGCUGCUUAAAUGUGUGUAUUUUAUAUAAAUAAGUCUAUGUCGCUCUGUGUGAGUGACUUUAUGACAUGCAUAUUUAUGUUUUAAUGUUUGGUUGGACUUUUGUUUCUAUAGUAAUAUAAAUACUUUGUGUUUUUUUAAGCCA